AUGGGAGGAGUCUUCAAGCAGCGUGAAAAUCCUCAGGCUAUUCGUGGAGACACAUGUGAUCUCACCUUCCGAAUGGCGUAUCGAGAUGAAGUUGAUGCAAAGGAGUUCUGUGAACUAUACGCGCCUUGGAGGCUCAUCAAGGUGAUACUGAAACAGGAAAACGAAAGGAAAACUGUGACGUGUUCUGUUGAGGCUACAAUGACGUGCAAAAGUGGAUGGCAGAUGAUGUUUGGGUACUGCUACCAGAUGCCCGAAAAGCAUUCCACGUACUCUCAAACGGAUGCUCAAGAAUUGUGUCAAAGUCGUGGAGGAUCUAUCGCUUUCAUUCGACACAGAUACAUAAUCGGAGUAUGGAAGCGACACUUCUCAUCGAUUGGUCAAAUAUGGGUAGAUGCUUCACCAACAUUCGAUCAACACAUCAAAACGACAGGAACUGUUGAUGGUACUGCACUUGCUCUUGCUUUCACUGGAAAACACUUCGAUUUUAGCGUCUUUCCCAAUUCAUUGAUUCGGAUUAAUCCCAACAUCAAGCUACAAGUGUUGUGUGAAUACCAGCCCCCGAUGACACCGGCCGAAGUAAACUAUCUUGGUAGACGCUAUUCUGAAAUAUACUAUCCUUCUAUCCCUGUGGACCAUGGAGUUUUGAUCCGAUCCGCUUCUUCUUACACUUCAAGUUAUAAUCAAUUGGAUGUUUGUGAGAAGAUGUUGAAGUCAUAUCUCAGUUCAGAUGUCGGUGUGUAUGUACCCGAUAAGAAGACGUUGAAUGCGAUGUUACAGAAACCACUGCCGCUCAUUCUCCACUCUCGAUCAAGUGCGACCGAUGUGACUGAUAAAUCUAAGCUCGACGAAGUGAUGUGCGCACCGAGGGAUAUGAAGCUGAAAGUUGCAAUGAAGUCGUCCGUAAUCCAAUACUAUUUCUUGGAAGAAUUCAAGAUGUCAUCCACUUGCCAGAAUAUGGGAUCAACUGGAAUUACCCACUCAUCGAAAUCUACGCCACAACUUGUUCCGAUCUCUGACAGUCGCUCUCUUCCGAUUUGGUGCAAGCUCGGCACUGCAACUCGGCCGAAAUUCACAGUUCCCGAUGGAUAUUCAGUAUUUCGAAGAAAGAAUGGACAGUAUGUGGCUCAUGCUCUAAUUCAAGAAUAUGUGUAUCAGCCGGAGGCGCUCUCAGGAUGCAAGGCAAGAGGUGCAAUUCUAUCUGGGAUGGAAUCGAUGGAGGAGGGUGCAUUUCUGGAGAAACUGGCAUUGGAUGCGAAGUUGACGAAAGGAAGACCAGAGUUUGGGAUAUGGAUGGGGGGACGACGUCGUGCUGAGUGCCUUGCAGUGGUCAAGGGAUUUGAAGAGACUGGACCAUGCACCAGAGACCGGGUCUAUGAGUGGAUUGAUGGCUCGAGCCACACUUUUGAAGCCGAGUUUUGGAAGGACGAAAAAGACGAGAAGAAUCCGAAUCGACAAAAUACGAGAACACUCAUGCUGUCCUUCAUCUAUCUUAAGAAUGCGUCAUGGGCUGAUCCGAAUAGCAAUGGUUACUUAGAUGACUGCUUACCGGACUGGGCGCAACGGCCAUUUUUCUGCCAAGUGAAUAUCCAUGUGGAGUAUGAAAACAUUUAG